AUGGACGAAUUCAUCCCCAUUCCUGACUCCCCCGUUGCUGAGUCGCCCACGACUCGAUCCCCCAUCCCCGGUACUCCGACUGACGAGCUCGAAGUAGCGCUACUCAUCGCGCUUCCCCCAUCCCCUACCCUCCCCCCAACUUGCCCACCAUCCGCUCCGCCCAUCAUGGGACAACAAGGCGGACAACCGCAGGUGACAGGCCCCGCCAACAACCCCCAGCAGGCCCAACUGGGCACCCAGACGGCAACACAACCCCCGGACCCCAUGACGUCCAUGGCGCAGCUCACCAACUCGACCACUGGGGCCAACAGCCUGAAGGCGGUUCAGAAGCCCUCUCCCUUCAAAGGCGAACAGGGGGGCGAAGCACGACGCUUCCUGGCCGCGCAACGCAAUCAGCGCGCGCGUGACGACCAGUGGAUUCGGGCAGUCCUCUCCUUCAUGCAGGACAGUGCGGCUCUCUGGGCCACUCCGGUGAUGGAGGAGAUCGUGCAGGGCACCACCCCGUUCAAAGGCUUGUGGACGGAGUUCCGCACCCAGUUUAAGGCCUGA